CGUGUAGGUUUGGGUUAAGAAAAGCAAGCUGCCCCAUCUUCUCCCUGCCAUUUACCCUCUCUUUUCCCUCUUCCUGCUGCGUCCUCUUCUACUCCUACUCCUCUUCCUUUUUUUUCCAACCGCCUACCCACUGACUAGCCCGCUCGUUCGAUUGGAGGCCCGUAGCUACACAGGUAGUUCAAUUAGGUCGACGCUGACUGCGUUGGGAUGCCUAGCUCGUCGGCCUGUCCUCCGUGGCUGGUGCGCAUGAUGGCCGCAAACGACGACCAGGCAUCGUCGUCCUCCUCGUCCAAGGGCGGGGGUGCCGUGCUCACCACCGGCACGGCCACUAUAGACACGGGAUACCGCGGCGGUGGCGGGGAAGGCGGCAAUGCCGCCGACCCGCAGGAGAGCAGCAGUAGCGGGCAGUCCAGGCUCGCGGCGCGCGGCCACUGGCGUCCUGCCGAGGACAUCAAGCUACGCGAACUCGUGGCGCUCUAUGGCCCCCAGAACUGGAACCUCAUCGCCGAGAAGCUCGACGGGAGAUCCGGGAAGAGCUGUCGGCUGCGAUGGUUCAACCAGCUGGACCCGCGGAUCAGCAAGCGGCCGUUCUCCGACGACGAGGAGGAGAGGCUGAUGGCGGCGCACCGCUUCUACGGCAACAAGUGGUCCAUGAUCGCGCGGCUCUUCCCCGGCCGGACCGACAACGCCGUCAAGAACCACUGGCAUGUCAUCAUGGCGCGCAAGUACCGCGAGCAAUCCAUCGCCUACCGCCGUCGCAAGCUCAACCAGGCUGUCCAGCGCACGCUUGACUCGUCCUCCGGGCUGGCUUCCGGUGCCGGGCACGUCGACGUCGUUGGUCACCACCACAACCACCUCCUGGUCGCCGCCAACGACUCCGCCAUCUUUGCGGAGCCCUACGGCUUCAGCUUCAGACACUGCUGCCUCUCUUUCCCUGCCGGCGCCGCCGCUGCCUCGGCGUUGGAGCCUACCUUCUGCUUGUUCCCCGGUGAGUAACUUAUCUAUCUAUC